GGGUGCCUUUGUGUCGCUUGUAAACUCGUACGCCUCUCGUAGUACACGCUAGUACGAAAAGACGUUUCGUGCCGUGACGUCAGCACGUGGUUUCGGUACGUGGUCGCGCGAGCCGUUGAACGGGACGGAAUUUUAUUCUGCAGUUACGAGAGUGAACGUGCCCGAAUUGCACGCGUGUGUUCGAUCGGAGUACCGUCAGUGUCGUGCGUAUCCAAGAAAUACAUUGAAGAUCGUAAGUGCAGCGCGUGCAGCAGGUUGUUGGCGUGUCAACCGACCGCCGUCAUUGUUGUCAAGAUGGCGUCGAAAGGAAAGCUGGCAACCGAGCAUGGCCGCUCAGACUCAUACAGGGUCGCGACGUUACCGAAAAUUCGCGACGACAACAAAACAGCGGACGGGAUGUUCAAGUCGCGGCGGAAGAACCCAAAGCGGAGGGCGGACAAUUUAGACGACUUGAAGCAGGAGCUGGACAUUGACUUCCACAAAAUCACACCCGAGGAACUGUACCAGAGAUUUCAGACGCACCCCGAGAACGGCCUCAGCCAUGCGAAAGCAAAGGAGAACCUUGAGAGGGACGGACCGAACGCGUUGACCCCGCCGAAACAGACCCCAGAAUGGGUGAAAUUCUGCAAGAAUCUGUUCGGUGGUUUCGCUCUUCUUUUAUGGAUCGGCGCGAUCCUCUGUUUUAUCGCGUACUCGAUCCAGGCGACGACCAGCGAGGACCCGAACGACGACAAUCUCUAUCUCGGUAUCGUGUUGGCCGCUGUCGUGAUAGUCACCGGUAUAUUCUCUUAUUACCAAGAAAGCAAAUCCAGCAAGAUCAUGGAAUCGUUCAAGAACAUGGUACCCCAGUUCGCGACCGUGAUUCGCGAGGGUGAGAAACUGAUGCUCAGGGCGGAGGAGCUUGUGCUCGGUGACGUUGUCGAGGUGAAGUUCGGCGAUCGUAUACCGGCCGACAUACGUAUCAUCGAGUCCCGGGGCUUCAAAGUAGACAACAGCUCGUUGACUGGGGAAUCCGAACCGCAGUCGAGGUCUCCGGAGUUCACGAACGAGAACCCGUUGGAAACGAAAAAUCUCGCGUUCUUCUCGACGAACGCAGUGGAGGGUACCGCGAAAGGAGUGGUGAUCUGCUGUGGUGAUCAGACGGUAAUGGGACGGAUUGCCGGUUUGGCGUCUGGCCUUGACACCGGAGAGACACCGAUCGCUAAGGAGAUUCACCACUUCAUACAUUUGAUCACCGGCGUUGCAGUAUUUCUCGGGGUCACGUUCUUCGUAAUCGCAUUCAUUCUCGGUUAUCAUUGGCUGGACGCUGUUAUAUUCUUGAUCGGUAUUAUCGUGGCUAACGUGCCGGAGGGUUUGCUCGCGACCGUUACCGUGUGCUUGACGUUGACCGCGAAACGUAUGGCGUCGAAGAAUUGUCUGGUCAAGAAUCUGGAGGCUGUCGAAACGCUGGGCUCGACGUCGACUAUUUGCUCGGACAAGACCGGUACGUUGACGCAGAAUCGUAUGACGGUGGCGCACAUGUGGUUCGACAAUCAGAUCAUCGAGGCGGACACCACCGAGGAUCAGUCUGGUCUGCAGUACGAUCGCACCAGUCCGGGAUUCAAAGCGUUGGCGAAGAUCGCUACACUGUGCAAUCGUGCGGAGUUCAAGUCUGGCCAGGAGGAUCUACCGAUCCUAAAGAAAGAGGUGAACGGCGACGCGUCCGAAGCUGCGUUGCUGAAGUGUAUGGAACUGGCUCUUGGGGAUGUGAUGGGCAUCAGACGAAGGAACAAGAAGGUCUGCGAGAUACCGUUCAACUCUACGAACAAGUACCAGGUCUCGAUCCACGAGUCCGAUAAUUCGGAGGAUCCUAGACAUUUGCUGGUGAUGAAGGGCGCGCCAGAGAGGAUCUUGGAUCGUUGCGCGACUAUCUUUAUCGGCGGCAAGGAAAAGGUGCUCGACGAAGAGAUGAAAGAGGCGUUCAAUAAUGCUUACGUAGAGCUGGGUGGUUUGGGCGAACGUGUGCUCGGCUUCUGUGACUUCAUACUGCCAUCCGACAAGUUUCCGAUCGGCUUCAAGUUCAACUGCGACGACCCCAAUUUCCCCGUGGACGGGCUACGUUUCGUCGGGCUGAUGUCUAUGAUCGACCCGCCCAGAGCUGCGGUGCCGGACGCGGUCGCCAAGUGUCGUUCAGCCGGUAUCAAGGUCAUCAUGGUAACCGGUGACCAUCCGAUCACUGCCAAAGCCAUUGCCAAAUCUGUCGGCAUCAUUUCCGAAGGUAACGAGACCGUGGAGGACAUUGCUCAACGGCUCAACAUCCCCGUGGCCGAGGUGAAUCCACGCGAGGCCAAGGCCGCCGUAAUCCACGGAACCGACCUCAGGGAACUGAACUCCGACCAACUGGACGAGAUUCUUAGGUACCACACCGAAAUUGUGUUCGCCCGUACCUCGCCCCAGCAGAAGCUCAUCAUCGUCGAGGGCUGCCAGCGAAUGGGCGCUAUCGUCGCUGUAACUGGUGACGGUGUGAACGACUCCCCAGCGCUGAAAAAGGCCGACAUCGGCGUAGCCAUGGGUAUCGCCGGUUCGGACGUCUCCAAGCAAGCCGCGGACAUGAUUCUGCUCGACGACAAUUUCGCCUCGAUCGUGACAGGCGUCGAGGAGGGCCGUCUGAUCUUCGACAACCUGAAAAAAUCCAUCGCGUACACCCUGACCUCGAACAUCCCCGAAAUCUCACCCUUCCUGGCGUUCAUCCUUUGUGACAUCCCUCUGCCCCUCGGCACCGUCACUAUUCUCUGCAUCGAUCUGGGAACGGACAUGGUGCCGGCCAUCUCGCUAGCUUACGAGGCACCGGAGUCGGACAUUAUGAAACGGCAGCCCCGCGAUCCUUACAGAGACAAUCUUGUCAACCGAAGGCUUAUAUCGAUGGCGUACGGUCAGAUCGGUAUGAUCCAGGCGGCCGCCGGUUUCUUUGUCUACUUCGUGAUAAUGGCUGAGAACGGAUUCUUACCGUUGCAUCUUUUCGGCAUCCGAAAAAUGUGGGACUCGAAGGCUAUCAAUGAUCUCCGCGACAGCUACGGCCAGGAAUGGACGUACAGGGAUCGCAAGACCCUGGAAUUCACCUGUCACACGGCCUUCUUCGUGUCGAUCGUGAUCGUCCAAUGGGCCGACUUGAUCGUCUGUAAGACGCGACGUAACUCCAUCAUCCAUCAAGGAAUGAACAACUGGGCCCUGAACUUCGGUCUGGUGUUCGAGACCGCCCUAGCCGCGUUCCUAAGCUACACGCCUGGCAUGGACAAGGGUCUUCGCAUGUUCCCUCUCAAAUUCGUCUGGUGGCUGCCCGCCAUUCCGUUCAUGUUCGCCAUCUUCAUCUACGACGAGACGAGACGAUUUUACCUGCGCCGGAAUCCAGGCGGCUGGCUCGAGCAAGAAACUUACUACUAGACGCGAGAACAAGGAGAAUUAAUCAUACACGCAGAGCGCGCGCGCAAGAGUAAGAGAGCGAGAGAGGAUGCAGAGAGAAUGAUAUGUGAGUGAGAAUGAGAGAGCGAGAGAAAGUGAGAGAAAGUGAGAAUGAGACGCAUACCCGCGCAGAUAUACACCGAAUAACAAAAAAAAAAAUUAAAUAAAUACUAAAUAAUUAAACAACCAAAAAAAAAAAAUAAUGAAAGCAACAACAACAACAAGAACAACAACAACAAUUAAAUCACUCACGUUUAAACACACAACAUUUUACCCCCCAAUGGGGCGUGCUAUAUCCGGGUCUAUCCGUACUUGUCGCGAGAUCACGAGAAAUACAUAUAUCUAUAUAUAUGCAUGUGUAAUUAAUAUUCAGAGGGUUGGGGAGGGGGGUGGGGGCAGAGAGGUUCGAUGGGGCCGAGCCGUAUCGUCGUCGCUGGAACGAGUGAGGAAAACUUGGGAUCAUUACGAACCGACAAGAACGAUGGAGAAGACGGUGGUGGUGAUGAUAUCUUGCAGCCAGAAUGUAGGGGGGCGGAACGCUGUUGAGAACAGAGGCCAGACACGAUGGGAGAGUGUAAAGUAGAAAGAUGAAGAAGAAAUUACGAACCGAAAGGAAAUGAGAACAAAACGAACGAGAAAAAACAACACAAUUAAUAUAUAUAUAUAUAUAUAUAUAGAAGAAAAAAGGCUGCAGGGAAAAAGACAAAGGGAACGAAAGAUGUAUAAAAGGAGGGGGAAGAAAACCGUGCUCGUCGUUCUGAUAGUUUCUUGCACGCGCGUGCCCGGUGUAGUAUCGUUUCGCGCGCGCGAAAAAAAAAAUCGAUUGUUCGAGAAACAUCGAAGAGAAAUAGUCGACGAAGAUUUCCGCUGGUUCUACGAGCAACCUACGCAUCGGUGGGGGAAGGGGGAAGACGAAACGGUUCCACAGGUACACAUAUAUACCUGAGUCUGUCGAGAGGGUUCUAGAUAUUCGGUGCUGCCCGUGUGUUAUUUUGGUCUUCGACGGGAGAAGCUGGACGAUUCUGGUGCAAAGAGAUAGAGAGUCUAUUGUAGGGCCUAAACGGAGGGUAGAAGACGCGAAUAGAGGUAGAGGACGAACAUAAAGAGUGAGAGGGACAAAUCGAUGGACGACGCGCAUGUCCGUGUCGUGAUGGAUAAAUAGCGUGGAUCAGAAGGAGUUGCAGCGGAAGAACUAGGAUCCAUGGCGUCAUUAGUCUUGUGGAUAUCGAGAAGUACUCAUCAGGCAUACCCUGUUAAGCAUUAUCACCACACUAGUUGGACCAUGGAUUGUCCUCGUCGUAGUAGAAGUUCCGAAGAGGAUAGGGGGGGGGGGAUAUAAAGGAACGACGUCUCGUGACACACACAUACACCGAAGAAGAAACUUGAAUAGAAACUUAAUUUAACCACUUAAUCAACGGAGACCAUCGGUACCGCUAGAUUGGCACGCCCUAGAGAUUAGCCACGAGAUGGUAUGAUAGGGAACGCCGGAUGUGGAGGAGUUUUGGGACACCUAAAAACGAAAUAAAUCUAGAAACAAGAGGCAAAAAAAAGAAAAGAAACGAAAAAAAAAAAAUAACAAAACAGCACGCAGAGGGAGAAAGUGCGUAAUAGAAGCGCGUGUCGCGGAUUACUCGUUAAUUAAUUCAGAUCGCAAGUAAUGUUGUUCGGGCUUUCGAUAGCCUUAUGAAGUCCGUGUAGCUGCCGAGGCCACAGGGAUAGUAUAUCGCGUCCCGUAUAAGUUAAUCCAAGAUUAGUCAAGAGAGUGAGAGAGAGAAAGAGAGUCUAUGCACCGAGGAUCGCCGCGCAGAAUGGGAGACGAGGAGUGGGGGAUAGAACAAGUCCCCAGAGUGGGGUGACGUGGAAAGGUGUGCAACGAGUCGAGAACAGUUCCGAUAGGGUUGUGUUGUACCCGUGGACACUGGAGAGAAGAAGAGAGUGGAAAGAGACAAAACACACACGAGGGAGGCCGAGGGUAACCGAAGUACAGUGACAAUGUGUGCGUAAUAUGGGAAUGAUUAUCAAUCGGGAAUCAGUCUACCCAACCGACGACGGGGGAAUGUACACGAGAGAUAGAAUACCGAAUGAACGACGGAGACGUGAAGAGAGA